AAGGGGAGAGGAAGACAGAGACAGAGAGCGCGAGAGGAGAGGUCAUGGUAUGCCAUUAGGCUACUGAUUCCUGUAGUUUUUAAGGGUUUUUUUUGCUGGUGUCAGCAUAUAGUGCAGUCACUUUUUCCACACCCUCACUUGAAAAAGUGAAGAGAAGAGAAGAGAUCGGAGCCACUCGAAUGUAGAGAGCUCUUGGGUUUAUGUUUUGGUUGUUUUAACUUUCCCUGUACUGGUCUGGACAGUGUUUUCCUCUUCACCAUGGUGGGCAGGUGGAACCUCCUGAUCCUGGCUCUGUGGCUCUUCCUCAUCAAGGUCCUGUCAUCCUGUCCCAUUGGAUUUGACAAAAAGGGACAAAGAUGCGUUGAUUUUGAUGAAUGUGCUUCUGAUGAGAAUUAUCCUGGGCUAUGUGGAGAACAUGCACUCUGUUUCAACACAAACGGCAGCUUCUACUGCCAAUGUGCUGAUGGUUUCAGAUCAUCAACACGGACUGUGAAUUUUUCAUCUGAAACAUCUGCAACAUGCAGAGAUAUCAAUGAGUGUUUGGAAGACAAAGACAUCUGUGGACCCAAUGCCAUCUGUUCUAACACAAGUCCAUAUUAUAACUGCACUUGUCUUGAUGGAUUCAUCAGCACUUCUGGAGUGAAAAGGUUAAGUCAUGGUGGCAAUGUUACAUGUACAGACAUUGAUGAAUGUCAAGAGGAAAAGGUUUGUGGUCAGAAUGCAGCAUGCGUGAACACACAAGGCAGUUAUCAUUGCCUCUGCAAUGCUGGCUUUCUACUGAAAUCUGGUCAGGCUAACUUCUCUGGGAGUGAGGAGCAAUGUGAGGACAUUUGUACGAUUGAUAAGACAAUCUGUGGAAAUGGAACCUGCCACCGUGGAGCCAGCGGCCAUUACUGUGCAUGCCACACAGGGUUCACUAACUAUGGCAACAAUGGGUCUCGCUGCAGUGCUUUAAACUGUGAUGUUUUCAAAGAUAUGAGCAGUCUGACAGAGGAAUUGCACAUUGCACAUGAUCUCAUGGUGCAGCUGGAAAAGACUUGUCUGGAUCUUACAGAGAGUGAGAGUCCAACAGCCUUAUACCAGCAUUCUGCAGAGGACCUACUGAAGAAAUUGUUGUCUAUGAUUGAUGAGCUCUUGUCCAGUGGAACCCUCAGUGAUAAAAGGAAAGUCUCCUUCUUUCUGGACACAGUGGAGAAUGCUCUGAGGAUGAUAGGACCCUUCAUACAGACCCCAGGGACAAAGAUGCACUCCCUUCACACAGAGCUGGAGCUGCUGGUACAUAAGGGGACUGUCCUACCCCAGGGAGCUGCGACUCUAUCAUCUAAGCAAGCUCAACUGGACAUCCAAUUGGGGACAGCUGCAGGAGAUCCCUCCUAUUACCCUGGCUUCACAACGGUAUCCUUGCUGAGCUAUGCAAAGCUGGAAGAUGCUGAUGGGAUGAAACAGCAGGGGAACCAAAACUUAAAGAUCAACUCCAAAGUGGUGACUGUCACUGUCAGUAACAGAAACACAAGCCACCUCAAAGAGUCCAUUAAUCUGACUUUCUACCACCUGAAAAAGUCAAAUGAAACUGGCCAUUGUGUGUUCUGGGAUUCCUCAAAGGAAGGGGGGGCCUGGUCUUCUCAGGGCUGCAAUGUACUGAAGUCCAACCAUGAAUACACUGUGUGUUCCUGCACCCAUCUGAGCAGCUUUGCUGUGCUCAUGGCUCUCUAUGACAUGAAGCAGCACAAGUUUGAGUUGCAGCUGAUAUCCUGGGUGGGUCUGUCCCUUUCACUAGUUUGCCUGUUCAUCUGCAUCCUGACAUUCUCACUGAUCCGCUCCAUCCAAAGCCCAAGAACCACCAUCCACCUGCACCUUUGCAUCAGCCUCUUCAUUGCCAACCUUAUCUUCCUUGCAGGCAUCUCUCGCACAGAGAACCAGGUUGGCUGUGCCGUGGUUGCAGGGCUGCUGCAUUUCUUCUUCCUGGCAGCAUUUUGCUGGAUGUGCCUGGAGGGCAUCCAGCUCUUCAGGAUGGUAGUCCUGGUCUUUAACACCAACUUCAGGACUCUACACAUGAUGGCAGGUGGCUAUGGAGUCCCAGCUGUCAUUGUUGCUAUCUCUGCCUUAGCUAAUCCCAAGGGAUAUGGUACUGACAGACAUUGUUGGUUAAACCUGGAAUUCAUUUGGAGUUUCUUUGGCCCUGCCUGUUUCAUUAUCAUUGUAAACAUCUUCUUCUUUCUCAUCACCGUCUGGAAGUUGGCACAGAAGUUUUCAAGCUUAAACCCCGACCUGGACAGUUUGCAGAAAAUAAAGGCAUUCACUAUUACUGCAGUGGCUCAGCUGUGUGUGUUGGGCAUCAUGUGGAUCUUUGGAUGUUUCCAGUUUGAGGAGUCCACUAUAGCCAUGUCUUACCUGUUCACCAUCUUUGGCAGCCUUCAGGGGGUUAUGCUUUUCGUCAUGCACUGUCUGUUCUCUAAACAGGUUAGGGAAGAAUAUGGAAACUUCCUGUCCAGAUGCUGUGCACCUCAGAAGAAGAGCUACUCAGAGUUCGGCUACUCCCACUCCAGCAAGGCACAUGCAUCCAAAAGCACCCAGGACACGGGAGAGUCUCACAUCUGAAGAGCUAAAUCAUGACUUUCAAAGUCAGACUUAUUUCCUGAAGAUGGCCAUCACAGGCAUGCAGCCAACUGCACUCCUGUUUGUGGGCAAUGCACCAGUUUGCUUUACUGCAAAAUGCUGUAAAUUGUUUCUUUAAAUUUUGUAUUUUUAAGCUGCAGAAAUACAAUUGUUCAUUGUCAUAAUUUAAUACAAAUGAAGGAUUUCCUUUAAAAUGAGAAAAUUACAUUUUUCAGUGAGUUUUACAGUAAUACAGAUUAUUUUGUUGUCAGCUGAACAUCUUGACCUGCAAGCAAAGCUGUUGACUUCACUCAUGAUCAACAGCUUUGCUUUAAUCAUGCCAGUACUUGUUUUUAUUUGUCAAAUGGUAAAUCAUGAAACUCAUUUUUAAAAAAGAAAUCUUCAAACAUUUGAAUUUUUCAUAUGUGAAAUUUUUUUAAAAUGAUUUUGGACCAAAACAUCAAAAUGGUUGACCUGUUUUACCAGGUACAUCUAAUAUAGGUAGUUGUGUUGACCAGGUACUUUAUUCAACCAACAAAGAUAGUCUGAAGGAUAUUUUAAGAGGCAAGCACUUUCUUUUAUCCACAGUAUUAUGAAAAGACAAUUAUGAUACAGAGAUAGAGUUUAAAUGUAUACUUGGGUAUAUAUUGCUGGGUAAUUCAAUAUGUAUUCAUAUCUGACUGCAUUCCUGCAUUGUUAUCUAAAUAUUUGAGAAGUUUUUUUUCUAAGCUCAAAUAGCUUUAAAAACUUGAAUUUUAAAAAAUAAGCUUAUUAUUAUUAUUAUUAUUGUUGUUGUUGUUGUUGUUGUUGAAUUUUAGCAGUGUUGUAGGCACUGGUUUUUCACACAUUGGGAUUUUUUUUAUUGAUGCUGUUUGGUCAAAAUACAUAUCUUUUAUAUUUAUAUUUUCUGUCUUUCAAAGCAUGAAUUAUCCGUGAUGUAUUACUUGUUUUUGUGUGUGUUUUAAUAUUUUUCAUGCCGCUCCUGAAAGCUUUAAACCAAAUAAAUAUUCUGAUGU